CAUGUCUUUAUGGAUAUAAACUUUGAACAUGCCUCUAUCAUUGAUAAAAAAAUCAGCUCAUUUGCUCAAGCGGCAAAAGGAAAUAUUCAAAUUUUUUUUCCAUACGAAUUUCUGGGACACCCUGUAGAUGAGGCUGCAUAGGAUCUAAGGGAUAAGGGAAUAAUGGAAUAAGGCUAUAAGAAGUAAUACCACAGAAGUAUAAGGCUACAAGGGGUAAAGCUACGAGGGUUUAAGGCUAUAGGGUCUCUAUAUAUAUAAUGCGAACUGUUUGAUUGUCUAUUACCGAAUCAAGGCUAAAAGACAGAUGUGAAACUUUACAGGAAAAAAGCAUCCGUGCAGUAUGCACGGGGUCUCGCUAGUCAGUUAAUGAUUCCUAGCAAGAUUUUGAUAACUCUAUGAAAAGGAUAUAGAAGUUCAAUUUUGGUACUCACGAUUUACGCUAACACGAACAAACCGAACCUACUAUCUUUUUCCAAUAGAAAGUUUUAAAUGCAACACAACAUAAUGACAAUGACGAGCGUGAGUCAUAGGUGCACGAUUCUAACCUAACCCUUUAUAAUUGAGCUUCGAUAUAAUCUUCAUAGAGCUACCAGUAUUUUACCGAAGAUCAGUAACUGAUUACCAUGGCAACAAGCAGCACUGUUGAAUAGUACACAGAACUACGUAGUAACAGAGCCUCUUUGGAAUAGUGAAAGUCGCAGCUUUUUAUCUUGAUCGUAUUAAAAGUUAUUCGAAAUUAAAGACUGCCCGAUGACUUUUGUUCCACUCUGUAUGUGAAUAGAAAUGAAGUUUAAAUGAAUAUUGGACACAAUGUAUCAAUUUCUUUUAAAUACAAUGAAGCGACAUUUUCCAAAAUGAGAAACAAUUGUAAUAGUCAAUAUAAUAAGUGAAAAUUUCCUCACAGAUGUCUCUAAUUCGGGAAAAAAAACACUUCUGACAAGAGAUUGUUCAGUUAAAGAGAGAGAGUUCUUUCGUUUAAUUCUAGGAGCUUUCACCAAUUGCCGUUUCGAAUCGUAUUGUAUCUACUGAACAAGAGAAUGUUUCAGGUAUCAGUACGUUUGGUGGAGUUGAACCGAAUCGAUCGACACGUGUUUUGACCGAAGAGAAAGUUGCUUUUGUAUGGUUUCAAAUGUUAACUGAAAUUCUUGUUCAAAUGCCACAAUUGCCGACAGCACGUGACGAAAUGCUUGAAGAAUGGCAUCAAGCAUGUCGUACUGGAGACGAAGAGACAAAUAUUAUAAACGAUUUUCGUCAUAAUUAUGAUCCGACAAAAGCACUCUAUUGGUAUACUCGUGAUACACAUCUCUAUAGACUUCUCAAUAAAGCAUUACGAACAGAAAAUGUUGAUAAUAUUUAUAAAUUUCGAUUUUUUAUUGUUGAUUUACAUCGACAACUAACUGAAUUAUUUCAAUCUUCUAUUCCUAUGAAUCAUGUAUUAACAGUAUAUCGUGGUCAACGUAUGACGAUUCGUGAGGUUGAAAAUUUACGUCACAAUCAUCAUGGUCUGAUAUCAAUGAAUAGUUUUAUUUCAACAUCUGUCAGCAAACAAGUAACACAAGGAUUUCUUGCAGCACCAAAAAAAGAAGAACAAGAAAAAACUGUUGCAGUUCUGUUCAAGAUGACCAUUAGUGCUAAUAUAGCUCGACAAACGAAUAAACCAUUUGCUGAUAUUCGAAAAUUUAGUUCUUUUUCGAAAGAAGAAGAAAUUCUCUUGAGUAUGGGUACUAUAUUUCGAAUUGAUAAAAUCGAACAACAUUCAUCAGAUUCUUUUUAUUUCGAAUUGACCAUGUGUAUGGGCAAUACUGAUCCUCAGCAUAAGGCAUUGUAUGACUAUGCCAAAGAAGAAAUAGCCUGUACAAAGAAAAUGAACUAUUCCACAUAUGGAAAAUUUCUUGCUCUUAUGUCAAACUUUGACAGUUCGAUUGCUUAUUACCGUCAAGUGUUAUCACUAGUGCCCGAUCAAUUACAGCUCAAUGAUACUGAUCUAGCAACAAUUCAUAAUGAUUUUGCCUAUGCAUAUCGUGAUUCUCGUCGUUAUCAAGAAGCAUUAAAACAUUAUGAAAUUGCCCUUAAAAUAAGAUUAAAACAAGAAUCUACUCAUGAAGAAGAUUUGGCAACGACCUACAGUGAUUAUGGAUGGUUGCUUAUGAAUAUGAAUGAUAUACAGAAGGCACUCGAUUUUCAUCAACGAGCAUUAAAUAUUCGAGAGAGAAUUUUAGGUCACAACAAUGGUGAUACUGCUAUGUCAUAUAAUUGUAUUGGUCUUGCUGCUGCUUACACUGGAGAUUUUGAUCGAGCUUUAACUUGUCUCAACGAAGCAUUAGCUAUUCGACAACGUUGUUUAAUCGCUUGUCAUCCUUACACUGCCAUGUCCUAUACAUCAUUGGGAUCAUAUUAUGAAGCUCUCAGUGAACAUUUUCAAAAGAAAAAUAUGCGUGACAAAGCUCUUGAAUAUUACUCUCGAGCAUUGGAUAUACAUAAGCAAGCUCUUUCAAUUUACAAAACGUCAGUGCCUCCCACACAUGGAACUCUCGGAAGUGCCUACGCAUCAGUAGGCUCAAUCUAUCUCAAUCAAGGACAAUGGCAAGAAGCUAUCGAAAAUUUGACGGCAUGUGCAGCUAUUCGACGUAAAAGAGGUAGCAGUGAUCUUGCAAACACUCUUAACCGAUUGGGACAAGCCUAUUUAGGAAAAGGCGAAUAUCAACAAGCCAUAACUGCUUAUCGGGAAGCUUUAACUGUCGCAGAAAAAACCGAUAAUAAAACAUUAGUGAUACAACUCAAGACAAACAUUGAAAAAUGCAAACAGAAUUCAUCUUAG